AUGAAUAAAAACAGAUUGCGGAUUCCCCAAAGGGCAGGCAUGUUGUUGUGGAUUUUCUUCCUGCCCAUGCGGCCUUCCGAUUUUACAGGUCGGAGGUCCCUGGUGGUGCUUUCCUGGCAAACAGCUGCCAUGCGCUGCACGUAUGGUAAGGUUUCGGCCCAGGCCCUCGUUUGGGUACCUAAGAAAUCAGGUACCUGCGUCGCUUUGGGAGCGCCUCUGCGUCAGGCACGACACGCCACCGACACACUCUCGCUGUACCAUUUCCUCAGGCUGGUCUACGUACACGUAGCGCAGCCCUGUUUCGACCUCAUGCCUGCCCACCUGGCCCACCAGCAAACGACCAGCACACCUUACAACCACGUCCCCAUGUCCGUGCCUUGCCCCCAUUGGCCAGGGCCCAGCAUCCCCAGCGUCCUCGGCAGCAACGACCUCUCGCCCUUGCGUAUAUAUCUGCUGGCUUCCUUCUGGCAUCCAGCCCCUGCUCUACCUCACCACCCUCCCCCCCAAGCCAGCGAGAGCUUAGAACGACGCCUGCUUGCCUUUUGCUUCGCUGCUUGCAUCGUCGUCGUGAUACCCUUACACCUGUGCCAGAGGCUGCCAGUCCUGGACCAGCCUGUACUGCGCCUUGCCUGGUCCGCCGCGGGGAGGAAGGUGAGCCGCAAAGGGUGCUGGGGCUCUAUUAAACUCGACCCGUCUCCCACCUCCUGCCGAGCCAGAGUGGCAGAGAGCCCCCUCUCCGAGGAACAGACGAGGUACACCCAGGCACCCAGAAAGAGAGAAUGA